AUGACCUAUACGGCCUUACUGAGUCUCAGUAUUCUACGAGAUGACUUUUCCAGGCUGGAUAGACAGGGCAUCUCUGUUCAUCUGCGAGCAUUGCAGCAGUCGGAUGGAAGUUUUCAAUCGGCUCUUGGAUACCCGGAGAAAGACGUCCGGUUCAGCUAUUCGGCGUUUGCUGUGGCAUACAUGUUAAACGAUUGGACCAUGUUUGACGUUCCAAAGGCCAUUGAAUAUCUUAUUCGAUGCCAGAUUCCUCAUCGUCCGCGCCUUGAGCGCUGGCUUCUGAGCCGCCAGGCUCCGGGCGGAGGGUUUCAGGGCCGUGUGGAAAAAGACCAAGACACCUGUUAUUCGUUCUGGUGCGGUGCCAGCCUCCGUAUCUUGAAUUUACAUGCUUUUGUGGAUGGUGUUUCAGAUGCUCAGUGGAUCUUCUCUGCACAGUCGCCGAUGGGUGGAUUCGCUAAAGUCCCCGGUGAGCACCCAGAUAUUUUACAUUCCUAUCUGUCCUACGUGGCCCUUGCCAUGCACGCCGAAGACGAUUUACGAGAGUACAAUCUACCUCUUACGUCUGUAUGCGCGGCAUUGAAUCUAUCAAGGUCGUCACUUGCGUGGAUCUAUACCCAGUUAUGGCCGAGUCAUCCGGGAGCCGUA